UUAUUUUCAAAGGAAAUAUAAUUUUUAAAGAUUUAUUUAUCUAUUUGAAAACCAGAGUUACACAGAGAGAAAAGGAGAGGCAGAGAGACAGAGAGGGAGAGGCAGAGAGAGAGAGAGAGAGAGAGAGAGAGAUCUUCCAUCCGGUGGUUCACUCCUCAGCUGGUUGCAACAGCUGGAGCUGUGCUGAUUUGAACUCAGGAGCCAGGAGAUUCCUCUGAGUCUCCCACGCAGGUGCUGGGGCCCAAAGACUUGGGCUAUCCUCCACGACCUUCCCAAACCAUAGCAGAGAGCUGAACUGGAAGAGGAGCUGCCGGGACUCAAAAUGGACCCAUAUGAGAUGCCAGCACUGUAGGCAGUGGCACCACCCAGUACACAACAGUGCUGGCCCCCAAAGCAAAUAUAAUUUAACAAAGCUUCUUUCACAGGAGCUGAUACAUCAGAGUAGAAAAUUGCAGAAAUGGCACAUGCAAAAUGAAUUCAGGUGAAUGUGGUUAGAGAGGAUAAUAUUUAAACAACUGGCAAAUCAGUUGUCAUUUAAACUCUUUCAGAACUAACAGAAAAGAAAAAGUGCAUCUUGACUUCUGUCUCUGAGUAAAACUCAGAUUCCAUAGUGGGAUACAUCAAGGCUUGUCUAAAAAGCUCACGCAGAUGAGUGUGUGCAUAGGCAGUUUGCUUCUUUCCCACAUCUGCACUGAAGAACUCACUCCUUUCCCUAAAUAUGACCUCUUCAUAGGUGGUUAUGGAAGAACUACCAACAUGUCCUGGCUUUUCACUUUGCCAUCCAGGAGAUCAAUAAGAAUCCCCACUUACUCCCCAACAUGUCCUUGGGUUACCAAUUCUACAAUGGUUUUCCCAGUGAUCAGUUCACUUUGUGGAGCACUCUGCACUGGCUCUCAGGACAGGGUAUAUUUGUCCCUAACUACAACUGCAAAAAACAAGACAAAUCAGUCGCCAUCAUUGCAGGAACCACAGCAACAUUUUCUGCUGAAAUUGGAACCCUUUUGGAGCUCUACAAAAUCCCACAGCUUCACCCACUUCUGAAGAAAAUCCAAUUUAGGAACAGUGCUGGAUAUGACAUAUCCUUUCAUGAAACAAGGCACGAUGUGGUACAAUAUGAUAUCCAGUAUAUUGUGAAUUUUCCUGUGGGCCUUGGAUUGAUGGUCAACAUUGGAAAGUUUUUCUCUAAGAGUUCACAGGAUCAAGCCUUGGUCAUCAAUGAAGAGAUGAUAGAAUGGCCUAUUGCAUUCAAAGAGACUCCUCAAUCUGUGUGUAGCCAGAGCUGUGGCCCAGGAUUCAGGAAAGUGCCACAGGAAGGAAGACCUGUCUGCUGCUAUACUUGCACUUUUUGUACAGACAGAGACAUUUCCAAUCAGACAGGUAGAAACCGUAUCCAUUCCUACUGAUAACUCCACUGUCAUAAUUAUACUACUCAGCCAAAAGAAGGAAUAAAAUCCAGUCUUUUGCAACAACAUUGAUGCCACUGGAAGACAUUAUGCUUAGUGAAAUAAUUCAGCCCCCAAAUGACAACUAUCAUCAUAUGUUUUCUCUGAUAUACAGUA